UGAGCCGGCCUGGGCUGGCAAUGAAUGGCUGCUGCUGCUGCGAGGCGAGGGCGAGCUGAGCCCUGCGCGGAGACCGCCCCUGUGCACAGCAGACCCCCCGCCGCCUCCCCACCCCCACCCCAAGCCAGGAGGAGGCGACUAUGGCGCAGACGCUGCAGAUGGAGAUCCCCAACUUCGGGAACAGCAUCCUGGAGUGCCUGAACGAGCAGCGCCUGCAGGGGCUGUACUGCGACGUCUCGGUGGUGGUGAAGGGCCACGCCUUCAAGGCGCACCGGGCCGUCCUGGCAGCCAGCAGCUCCUACUUCCGGGACCUUUUCAACAACAGCAAGAGCGCGGUGGUGGAGCUGCCGGCGGCUGUGCAGCCACAGUCCUUCCAGCAGAUCCUCAGCUUCUGCUACACGGGCCGGCUGAGCAUGAACGUGGGAGACCAGUUCCUGCUGAUGUACACGGCCGGCUUCCUCCAGAUCCAGGAGAUCAUGGAGAAAGGGACUGAGUUCUUCCUGAAGGUCAGCUCCCCCAGCUGCGACUCCCAGGGCCUGCACGCCGAGGAGACCCCUUCCUCCGAGCCCCAGAGCCCCGUGGCCCAGACCUCCACCUGGCCCUCCUGUAACACCCCCUUGCCCUUGGUGUCCCGCGUCAAGACAGAGCAGCAGGAGUCGGACUCCGUCCAGUGCACGUUCGUGGUCAAGCGGCUCUGGGACAACGGCCAGAAGGAGGGAGGAGGCGGCGGAGGUGGGGGAGGAGGCAACAACGGGAGCCGCAAAAUGGCCAAGUUCUCCACGCAGGACCUAGGAGGCAACCGGCAGCAGCAGCAGCAGCAGGGGGUGCAAGCAGGAGGAGGCGGCGGGUCCGGCGUGGUGAGCGGGCCCAGCACAUCCGACCAGACCAGCCCCGGCACGUCCAGCGCCUACACGAGCGACAGCCCAAGCUCCUAUCACAACGAGGAGGACGAAGAGGAGGACGCGGCCGAGGAAGGCUCCGAUGAGCAGUACCGGCAGAUCUGCAACAUGUACACGAUGUACAGCAUGAUGAAUGUAGGGCAGACAGCAGCCGCAGCCGCAGAGAAGGUGGAAGCCCUCCCCGACCAGGUGGCCUCUGAGUCUCGCAACCGGAUCCGGGUGCGGCAGGACCUGGCGUCGCUGCCGGCCGAGCUCAUCAACCAGAUCGGGAACCGGUGUCACCCCAAGCUGUACGACGAGGGCGACCCUGCGGAGAAGCUGGAGCUCGUGACAGGCACGAACGUGUACAUCACCCGGGCGCAGCUGAUGAACUGCCACGUCAGCGCGGGGACGCGGCACAAAGUGCUUCUGAGGCGGCUUCUGGCGUCCUUUUUCGAUCGGAACACUCUGGCAAACAGCUGCGGCACCGGCAUCCGCUCGUCCACCAACGACCCCAGCCGGAAGCCGCUGGACAGCAGGGUCCUGCAUGCCGUGAAGUUCUACUGCCAGAACUUCGCCCCCAACUUCAAGGAGAGCGAGAUGAAUGCCAUUGCCGCCGACAUGUGCACGAACGCCCGGCGCGUGGUCCGUAAGAGCUGGAUCCCCAAGCUAAAGCUGCUGAUGGCCGAAGGGGACACCUACACCACGUUCAUCAACGACACUGGGAAGAUGGAGCCGGACAUCAUGGGAGUGGAGCACAACUUUGAGACCGGCAGUCACGACGGGGAUGCAGGGACCUCGGCCGAGAGCCUCCAGUAAAAAAAACCGCUUCCUCCUUUUCGCCCUUUCCAUUCACUGAUUUAUUUUAUUUUAAUUUCUUAAGUUGAUUAUUUUUAGCGUCCCACCUUGAUUUGAGUUUAAUGUGUUUUUUUUUUUUUUUUCUGGUUUGCCAGGGGGAAAAAAAAGUUGCACCGUCUCUUUAAAAAAACAAAAUCAUCCUCGGUUCCUAAUGCAGUGUGGGUAAUGAGAGAGGGGGUCGGUGGUGUGGGCAGUUUCGAUCUCACGCUGUUCUUCCCGGGCGGGCGGAUGUUUUUGUGGGUAGCCUUGUGAGUCAAAUCGGGGAAAUCCCCCCCUUCGGGUUGUGCAGGAUCCGUGCUUUUAAUGAGCUCUCUUUAAAUAGAUCUGUAAAUAAUUGAUUACGCUUUAUACGCAGGUUCUGUUUAUAGGUGGUUUGCAAAGGGGUAAUAAAUGAUGUCUCAAGCAUAUCAAAGACAGGAGCGACGGAUGUGUUGCAGCUGGGUCUAAGCUUCCCAUUGGAUUCGAUAACCAUCCCUGAGAACUGAUUAACCAUGCGGCAUUAACCCUGUGCAAACCGCUUGCGAAUGGAGCCUUCGUACAGAGUGUGACCGUAUGAUUUUACAGGAAAAUAAAAAUCCCAAUUAAGACCCUGAUUUCUAAAAAGCAUCUGUUCAAGACAGCAUAUAAGCAUGCGCUUAACUUUAAGCACCUCUUUAAGUUCCUCUUGAAUUCAGUCAAAAUGGGCCUUUGACCUUAUUCAUCUUAAGUGCCAAAGUCCCACUGCUUUCUUUCAUCCAUCCGCGUGUUGCAGUGAUGAGGGUGGAGAUAAAAGAUGGGUCUUAACGUGUGCGUCUCUGAAUGGGGGCUUUUUUUCUUCUUUUUUUAAGCAAGUGACAGAGCAACGCUCCUGGUUGUGAUGUCUUUUCACAUUGCGUCUACACUGGAUUUUUUUCCUUCUUUCCCCUUCCAACCACAUAGUGUAAAAUCCGAGUGCAGCGACUCCUACGGGGAUUUGAACUCUGGGCAGAGCCAACCUAAUUCCCUGUUGCUUUGUCUCCCUCAAGUGGCCAGGCUGCAUGUAAAGGUUUGAAUCCUCUAAUGGGCCACAUCUUUUUGCCACAAGUCUGAGAUUCAGUCCCCAGCCAAGGGGUGUCGGGUUACUAACUUGAAAUUCGAGCUCAGCGGCAGCGCUGGGUGAAGAGUGUUGGCUGAGAUUUCUUUUGGCUGAAAAAGGCAGAUUCGCCGCCGAAACAGGGCAGUUUCACCAAAUUGUUUUGGCCCAACCCCUCCCCCGAAACGUUUUGUUUUGACAUUUUCAAAUUAUUUCAGUGUUUCAGCAUAACAUGUGACCUGCAAUUUUAUUUUAGAAAUAGGAUUAAAAAAUGCUCCAAAACAAAACGUUCUGCUUCAGAGUGAACAGGUUUUGUUCAACCUGAUACUUUUUUUUUUUUUUGUGGAGGGGGGGGGGAGGGUUGACGCUGAUGUCACUAUAGCUACACUGAUGUAAAACCAAAAUCCAGCAGAGAUGGGAGCCUGAAUGCCAUAUGCAAGGCUGGGUUUGGUUUUUAACUAGCAAGAGGCAUUGUUGAGAUAAAAGAAAGAGAGUGAUCUAUUUGAAUCCUUUCCGGUUAAUGGCAGGAUCCCAAGAUCUGAUUUAAAAAAUGUAGACCCCGAUCCUGAAAACACAGACAGGCUUCAUCUGUAAGCGCGUGUGUGUUCAUUGACCUAUUCACAUGCUGCUUCUUAAGCACUGGGCCCUGUUUCCAUUCCUGGAAUUGAUGCUGUAUGUUUUCUUGAAAUGACACUGGUUAGUUUCACAUUCCCUUUCUAUUCAGUUUCACUUCUCUGCUGCUUUGCAGUCAGGGCCUCCUGGGUUCUGUUCCCAGCUCUGGGAAUGGCGUGUGGACUGCUGGUUAUCACAGGGGGCUGGGAGUCAGGAUCCCUGGGUUCUGUUCCCAGCUCUGCUACUGAUUUACCCCUCUCUGUGCCUCAGUUUCCCCAUCUGCAAAAUGGGGAUAAUGAUUCUUACCUUGGAAAAGCUGCUAAGUAUUAUUACUAUUGUUGUGGUUGUUGCAUCUGUGAACAUUUUUAAAUAAAAAAAACCAGCCACACCCCCAAAUUGGAAAUUAAAAUGCCAACAUGAAAACAUCGUUAUCCCUCUUAGUUUUAUUUUUAUUUUUUUGCAACUUUCUGUUUUCUUUUUAAGUCGGGGUGCCCCUUGCAACAGAUAAAACUUUCCCCAUAAGUAUGUUAUGGGGACAGGGAAAGUUUAAAAAAAAACAUUUAAAAUGUAAUGUAAAAAAAUCUACAUUUCCGGGGUUGAGGGGCUGUGAAUAGUAACUUUGUUGGGGUCUGACCCCCUCUCCAACCCUCCUUGUGUAGCCCGGUACCCCAGCGGGAUCAGACUGGGGUGAUCAGCUGCUGGAGGUUAAGGAUGGAGGCGCAACGCCAUGCGGACAGUCUCUCUAGUUGCUGUAGCAAGUUGGAUCACGUUGUGUGUGUGACUGCGGAUGGGGAGAGGGGAUUGGUAGAAAGAUAGAAAAUCAAACCUGUUGUUGGCUUGUCCCUGGCGGGGUUCACAGGCACCAUGCUCUCCCCAAUGGAGGGGUCAAACCCUGGCCAUUCCGUGGUGACGCUGCAGUGGUGUGAACCUGAGGACACUGAGCAGAGGCACGUGAAGGCAGAUCACUUCUGGCCCUGGGUCAGAUGGCUAGAGAGUACACAGCAUUGGCCACCGAGGGGGCUUGUGGGAAGGGAUUGGAGGACCAUCAUCUAUUGAUUGUUGUGACUGCAGUUAGCUUAUCCC